ACCCCGCGCCCGACGCUAGGCCGGGCGGGGAGGGGAGGUGCCGCCGCCGCGGCGGACUCCGUUUCCCAGAGUGCCCGCAGGGGGUGGCAUGGCGGAGAAGCAUGACACCGGAGUUUGACGAAGAAGUGGUGUUUGAGAAUUCCCCACUCUACCAGUAUCUGCAGGAUUUGGGACACACUGAUUUUGAAGUAUGUUCAGCUGUGUCACAGAAGGCAGAGCAAUGUGCAGCAGAGGGAGGCCAACAGGAGUGGACUGCUCAUGCUGCCCAGAAACAAGGCAUCCUGUCAAAACUAGCUGAGUUCUUUAGAAGUCGGUUUCCUUUUCCAGAGUACAAGAAAAACGAUGACAUACUUCACCGACUGGAUGUUGGAUUUCGAUUUGACACUCUCCGUACCAUCCUGCAACAGGAAGUUCUGCUGCAGGAGGAUGUGGAACUGAUUGAGUUGCUUGACCCCGGUAUCCUGUCUGCAGGGCAGUGCAAGCAACAGGAAAAUGGACAGCUUCCAACCCUAUGCUCCCUAGCAACUCCUAAUAUUUGGGAUGUCUCGCUGUUGCUUGCCUUUGUAAGUGCACUGCUUAUGCUUCCUUCGUGGUGGAAGGAAUCAUCUUGGCUACUGUGGGGACUAGUUCUGCUUGUCUAUGCCAUCUUACGAGUGUGGGGCACAUGGAGGACAGCCAAGCUGCAAAUGUCCCUGCGAAAAUACUGCCUUCAGCUGGAAGAAACAGUGGCAAAUAGCCGAGCUUUUACUAAUCUUGUGAGAAAAGCUCUGCGACUCAUUCAAGAGACUGAAGUCAUUUCCAGAGGAUUUACCCUUUUGCUUGACAGGGUCAGUGCCGCUUGCCCAUUUAAUAAAGCUGGACAGCAUCCUAGUCAGCACCUUAUUGGUCUCCGGAAAGCUGUUUAUCGAUCUGUCAGAGCCAACUUUCGAGCUUCAAGACUGGCUACUCUGUACAUGCUGAAAAACUACCCUCUAAACUCCGAGAGUGACAAUGUGACCAACUACAUCUGUGUAGUCCCUUUUAAGGAGCUGGGUCUGGGGCUGAGUGAAGAGCAGGUGUCUGAAGAGGAGGCUCACAACCUCACAGAUGGCUUCAGCUUGCCUGCGCUCAAGGUUCUGUUUCAGCUCUGGGUAGGGCAGAGCUCGGAAUUCUUCAGGAGACUGGUACUGCUGCUCUCUCCAGCCAAUGCGUCUCCCAAGCCCUUGAUUUCCCCAGAACGUUUGCCUCAUCAUAUCUUGUCUGAUGUGACUCAAGGCCUACCUCAUACACAUGCUGCCUGCUUAGAGGAGCUUAAGCGAAGCUAUGAGUUUUAUCGGUACUUUGAAACUCAGCAUCAGUCAGGUUUUGAGCGGACAACCAGGACAAAACAGAAGUCAAAAGAGCUGAACAGUCUCCACACAGCAGUUCGCAGCUUGCAGCUUCAUCUCAAGGCACUGCUGAACGAGGUAAUAAUUCUUGAGGAUGAACUUGAAAAACUUGUUAGCACUAAGGAGACACAUGAGUUAACAACAGAAGCCCAUCAGGUUCUGGAGCAAAAACUAAAGUUUAUUCAGCCUCAUAUCCAGGCAAGCAACAGCUGCUGGGAAGAAGCCAUUUCUCAGGUGGAAAAAAUGAGUCGAAGAAAUCCAGAUAAAAAAGGCAAACUUGAAGCUUCCUGUGACAACAUACAGCAUACUACAGUACCUUUAAUGCAGCCUGCCCUACACAUUGAAGACAAAGAUCCAAUCCCUGAAGAGCAGGAAUUGGAAGCAUAUGUUGAUGAUUCAGAUAUGGACAAUGAAUACAAAAGGGAAGAUUUUUACUGCUUUUCCCAGGAAGAGAGAGAGAGACAAAAACGGGAGAGAGAGGAAUCCAAGAGGGUAUUACAGGAAUUGAAAUCUGUACUGGGAUUUAAAGCCUCAGAAGCAGAAAGACAGAAGUGGAAACAGCUGCUAUUUAGUGACCAUGCUGCAGUGAAACCCUUGUCACCUGUAGAACCACUGAAGCUACUAAAUAAUUUGGAAUCACCUAUGAAUUCAGUUACAGAAAAUCAGGACUGUAGCCAAAGUUGUGAUAAAUCUGAAGAAAGAGACUCUAAUCUAAAAGUGAAUGCUGCUGAUAAAAGCAGGACAGAAUAUUUGUAUGAAGAUCCUGAGAUGGAGAAAAACAAAGACAGUACUACUGAUAAAGGUAUUUCUACAGAGGCUGAAAAAAGAACAUAUCAGUGUGAAGGGGAAGGAGAAGAACUCAAGCUGAGUGACGUGGAUGGAGUAGAGGUUUCACAGCCAACCUUUCAGGAUGCAUUGCAUUCAAAAAUCAAGCAUAGGCUGGCUCAACUCCAUAUAUCAACAGAUUUUAACUUCACAUCUGGUCUGGCUGCACAAGUUGCUGCCAGGUCUCUUACUUUUACUACAAUGCAAGAACAGACUUUUGGAGAUGAUGAGGAUGAGGAGGAAGAAGAGAAGAUUCAAGAGAAUGAAAACCUUAUGGAAGAGUGUGAGAAUGAAGAUAGAGGCUCUGAAAAUGAAGAAAAAGUGCAGGUCUGACCUGAACUUUGUUAAGCCAACAGCAGGUGAUUUUGAUAGAAAUAACUAAGGUGGAAGUUUGAAGAUGAAAAUGCUGAAUGGAAAAAUGGAGACCUAAAUGUAAUACAUCUUGUUCCCUAAGUAUGAUACACUAAAUAGGACUUCUAAGUAUAUUGAGAAUUUGCAGGUAAGAGGAAUUUAGGUUGCAUCCAAAAAAUAGUUGGCCGUUGCCUCUUGAAGACCUUAGUGGUGGGUUUUGGAAUUUACCUUAAUGUUUUCCACUUUAUUUAUUUAUAUUAUAAUGUGUUUUUUUCUAAAAAUAAGAAAAUGUAUUAAAUUUCAACAGACUCUGUUUUUUGUUCUCUGA